GCAUAUCCUUAUUGUGAUAACAUUACAAAAUAAAAUGCUUCCAUUGCACUUGGACUAGCAACGUGUUUAACCCAUUGCCUGUAGGUAGUUCCGCUGUUUGCUGAAAUUACGGGAGAAAAAAAACAAAACACAAACAAAAACAUUGAGUUUAGUCUUCAUAAGACCAUUAAGAAACCGUGUCUUUACGCUGGCAUUCUAAAACACCUUUAAAUAAAGAUGUGAAGCGCUUAAGAGGCGACAUGAAGAAAUGUUAUUUUGGAUAGCUGUGGAUUAACAGGAAGAAAGAAAACUUGAACCCGUACGGGCACAAUUUUUGAUUGUGGAAAUCUUAUGGCCUGAAGGAGACGGCAGCGGCUUCAUUCACUCAACACCCAUGGAUACCGUUGCCACGUAUGCAUAUAAUGAAUCCUAUGACGGGAACUGGACUGACAGUUUCAAUGGAACUGAUGGGAACCAAAAGCACCUGUACAAUUACUAUGCACUGCUUUUGACUCUGCUCAUCUUUGUCAUCAUCUUUGGCAACGUGCUGGUGUGUAUGGCAGUUUCCAGAGAGAAGGCGCUACAGACAACAACCAACUAUUUGAUUGUGAGUCUGGCCGUGGCAGAUCUGCUGGUAGCCACCCUUGUUAUGCCUUGGGUUGUUUACUUAGAGGUCGUUGGCGAGUGGAGAUUCAGUAGAAUCCACUGUGACAUAUUUGUCACCCUGGAUGUCAUGAUGUGUACGGCGAGCAUCCUCAAUCUCUGUGCUAUUAGUAUUGACAGGUAUACAGCCGUCGCCAUGCCAAUGCUGUAUAACACACGCUACAGCUCCAAGCGAAGAGUGACAGUCAUGAUAUCUGUGGUCUGGGUGCUGUCCUUUGCAAUAUCCUGCCCACUUCUGUUUGGUUUGAACAACACAGCCACCCGAGAUGACGCCAUGUGUGUCAUUGCAAACCCUGCUUUUGUAGUGUACUCCUCCAUUGUGUCCUUCUAUGUCCCUUUCAUCAUCACACUGCUGGUAUAUGUCCAGAUCUACGUGGUCCUCAGGAAGAGAAGGAAGCGUGUCAACACUAAACGCAGCAGCCGCGGGAUGGAGGCUGAAAUGCACGUUCCAUUGAAGGACAAAUGCACACAUCCCGAGGACGUGAAGCUCUGCACAGUUAUCGUAAAGUCAAACGGCAGUUUCCCCGUCAAUAAAAAUAAAGUAAUCCUCAUUCAGGAAGCGGCGCACCAUCCAGAAGAAAUGGAAAUGGAUCCAAUGACAAGCAGCAGCUCUCCAGAGAAGAAAAAGCACAAGCUGGCACCUGUUAACCGCCAUCUCACCGUGCCCGCUACAGCGAGUCAGUGCAUGAUGAGCCCUGCCCUGCCCUCGUCCAUCGAGAGCCCCGUCAAGGCUGAGAAGAACGGGCACUCGAAAGACAUCAUCCUCCCCAAAGCUCCCAAAGCCUUUGAGAUCAAAGCCAUGCCCAAUGGCAAAACAAAGACGUCCCUUACAAUGCUGAGUAAGAGGAAAAUCUCACAACAGAAAGAGAAAAAAGCAACCCAAAUGUUAGCCAUUGUACUGGGUGUUUUUAUUAUAUGCUGGCUGCCAUUUUUCAUCACCCAUAUUCUCAACACCCACUGCACAAAAUGCAGGGUUCCCCCAGAGAUGUACAAUGCCUUCACCUGGCUGGGCUACGUGAACAGCGCUGUGAAUCCUAUUAUAUACACCACCUUCAACAUUGAAUUCAGGAAGGCUUUCAUCAAAAUACUCCACUGCUAAGAAAAGACAGCAUAGCCGGGACUGAUGUGCAAACAACGACGACGACAGUGACAGCCUUCUUCCGUUCACACAUCUGUGUUUCCAUUGUUGUUGAGAAGAAUAAUCUUAAAAGAACUUUUACACAGGAAGGGUUUGUUGGAAAGGUGCGGGACACACCGCUUCUUUACAUGAUGGAAAGAACGUGUCAAGAAGUGGGAAUCCCCCCCUGUUCUUAGCUUGUUGCAGCCCAGCCUGAAGAUCCAGUGCUUACUCAAACAGUCAUAUCAAUGUUGCUGUAAGUGGCCGCUGGGUUGGGAUUCAUGGAUGCCAGACGUCGCAAGUCAGCAGGGAAAUACAAGGACAAGCGCGGGGUGUGUUUCAGAACUCUUACACCUCUUUUAAAAAGGGGACCCCGCAAAGAUGCCGUUAUGGUUAUUUUCCUCAGUAUUACACUACAUGUUUGUGUUUUACAGGAAAGAGACUUACCAACCUGAUUUCUAGGAAACACAAUGUAUUAAGUAUGUCUUCGCUCUUUGAGCGACCCCACAGAAAGGUCUAAAGCAAUGCUAAACAAUGCCUGUAUCAGCUUUCCUGAUGGAAAAGCACCAGGUUCUUUUCUAAUUUCUUGUACAGCAAUCAGACACGUUCCUCAAAGCAAACAACUGCAAACAUGUAAAUAAAGUACAAAGUAAUAUAAGACCAUGAAAAAAUUGAAAAGCACACAUCGCGUUGUUCGCAUGCAGAGAAUGUGUUUUCACCGUUCUGUCGAUGUGUUUUUGUAUUAAAAGUAUACCUGGAGGGGACAGCACAGCUCUGUGACAAGCUCAUAAAUGAAUUCAUUCUGUUUUCAAGAUGACGAGAAGAUUUAGUCUGGGGGAAGGAUCUUGCCAUGAUCCUUUCAGUUUCUCUGUUACAGUGACACAGUAUCUAUUUUUUUUUUUUUUGUGGUUACUUGCAUUUGUGUCCGUCACAUAAAACAUCUGUAUUGCUUAUGCUCCAUUAUAGAGAAUAUUGAAGAAAAUAAAAACCAAGACAAAAAUCCUGUGAGUCGAGUCUGAGGGAGGUGGCGUUCUUUCUACGUUAGGCUCAAACGCUGGAAGGAGGGAGAUGCUGAGCAUGAAUGCCAGGAUUCACAGGCUUUAAACGCAGACGUGCCAGUCGCAGUCUGUAUUUCAAUAUCUUAAUCAGAUUGUCUGUCACAUCGCAUCACACUUGCUAUACAGUAUAGGGUUAGGUAGGCAAGUUGAAAAUCUGCCCUCUGUGCAUUUCAGAUAUGUGCCUUCCAUAUCUACUUGAGUACUGCUGAAUUCUUGCUUACCAGAAUAGACACUUGUGCUGCCUUAGCCCUGCACCACAAAACUCUCAAAGAAUGUAGCAAACAAACACAGAGGAUUUAUACUUCAGUGUAAAAUGGAACAUGAUUGCGGAACACGCUGCAUUUAACAAUCAAGGCGGCAGAACGAAUCUUGUAGUCUUACCUAAGAUUGUGUUUGGUUGAGGACUGAGAGGAAACAUGAUCUCUGAUUGUAUUUUACAUUUUAUUGUAUUGUUGAUCAAUGCUCUCUGACUCACAUGAAGCCGACAGGCACUCAAAGAGGGAACAUGCUGUGUCUAACAAGGCUCAUCACCCUCUCCAGGGUCAGUGUGUACCAGCUGAAUCAGUUACAACGUUCCUCAGUAAAAAGGAGGAUAUGCUUGUGCGGGUUUCCAGUUGUUUUGGGAAUUUUAAGAUCGGAUGGCACCCACAGCACUACGCAUACAUACAGUACGUUUACACAGCUAUCUACUGGUCUGUACAAAAAGGAUUAAAAAGGAUUAGAUUUAAUCCCC